CCCCCCCCCCCCCCCGUGACGUCACUUCUGGAGGCUGGGCUGCUGCUCCAUCAAGAAACUUUCCUGGACUUCAGGAACUUCUCGGACGGACCGCAGCCGAACCAGGACGUGAAAAAGUUGUGAUUCGGAUCUACGAGGACGUGGACAUGACGUGGACUGUAUGGACGGUACUUUUGCUGUCUUUUAGUUGUUUCGUGUGUCCAUUUUGCGUGGCCGCUCAGACACACCAGCGCAGCGCUGUCAGGAAGCUCUACGUAGUACAGCCCGGGACGGGUCCGGUUCCCGGUCCCGGUCGCGGUCCGGCCUCGACAGGGAUGCUCGUCAGUUCGGUUUCGAGGCGUCAGGCCGCGUCGUACAACGUCGAACUCGGCCAGGCGGUUCGGACCCGCCGGAUGGAGAAGCAAGCCUCGUCAGCCCAGGAGUCCAUUGUUCGUCACGCCGAACAGAACCAGAACAAGCAGCUCCUCAAGCAGUUCGGGGUGAACGUGUGCGGAGGACAGUGCUGUCACGGGUGGAGCAAAGCACAAGGAUCCCAGCGAUGCACAAAGCCAAACUGCAUCCCUCAGUGCCAAAACAGAGGAAUGUGCCUUAGGCCUCAGCUCUGUGUCUGCAAGCCUGGCUCAAGCGGGAAGGCAUGUGAGCAGAAGACUGUGCCCCCACACACCCUCCCAGCCCAGCCUGGGAAAGGACCUACCGAUGAUCGCAGCAGCGGUCCCGUGAACGUACCACAGCGUCCCAUACCUCAGCAAGUCCCUCCUCAUGCUUAUGACCUGCCCCCCCCACAAGCUGACAACACUGCCCAAAUGAAAGUGACUGUCAAAGCUUCCCCACAGCUCGUACGGCCGCACUACAGCCAGCAGCAGAUGCUGUCCGUGCCCGUGCACCCUGGCCAGCAGUAUGUGAUAAAGCCCAAAUAUUACCAUGCGCACACCACCCACACGCAGACGCACAUCCAGCCUCAGCCUGCAAGACCAAUUCCUCUAACGGAACACAACCCAAUACAAGUGGGCAACCAUACAGGAAGGAUCAAGGUGGUGUUCACACCCACCAUCUGCAAAUUGACCUGUAUGGGAGGCAGGUGUCACAACAACUGCGAACAGGGAAAUACGACAACCAUCAUCAGUGAAAAUGGCCACUCCACCGAUACCCUGACAGCACCCAACUUCAGAGUAGUGGUGUGCCAUCUGCCUUGCAUCAAUGGCGGCAAGUGCAGUGCCAGGGACAAGUGUCAGUGCCCUCCAAACUUCACUGGAAAGUUCUGCCAGAUUCCAGUUCCAGGCGGACACCAACAGCACCAUCAGACUUCAGGCAGCUACAGUCAAACUCAGGUCCAUUCCACGCACACGUUGCCUCUGACCUACAGCAACAGUCCUGGAUUUAGCCCCAACAUCGUAAAAAUCCAUAUCAAGCAUCCUCCUGAGGCGUCUGUCGAGGUCCACCAGGUCUCUCGGCUAGACAACUACCAGAGUAAUGGACAAAAUCCCAAAGGUUCCCAGUCAGGUUCCUCUUCAUCCUCCAGCUACAGCUUUCACCACACUGAAAGCCAGCAGAAGAUCCAACAGCACGGUUACAACAUUGUCUAUCCAGGCCAGAACGGUGACCAGGUCCUUCAGUACCAGCCCGCUACCUCUCAGAGCAUGUUGGGCCGCUGCUUCCAGGAAACUGUUGGUAAUCAGUGUGGGAAGGCUCUCCCGGGUCUCACGAAACAGGAGCAGUGCUGUGGGACCAUUGGGACGUCAUGGGGUUUCCACAAAUGCCAGAAAUGUGCAAAGAAGCCAUCAGCUAUUCCUCUGAUUGACUGUCCUCAGGGUUACAAGAGAAUCAACAGCUCUCACUGCCAAGACUUUGAUGAAUGCCAGCUACAGGGUGUAUGUCCAAAUGGAAACUGUCUCAACACCGUGGGAAGCUAUAGAUGCGCGUGCAAACCUGGCUACCUACCUGACCCCACGCUCACCACAUGCAUAUCCAACAUAUCUGCCGUUCAAGAGGACAAGGGAGCUUGCUUCCGUUUGGUGAGCUCAGGGAGGCAAUGUUUGCACCCAGUGUCUGCCCAGUUGAGCAAACAGCUCUGCUGCUGCAGCGUGGGCAAAGCCUGGGGACCGCAUUGUGCCAAAUGUCCCCCUCCAGGAACAGCCAUGUUCAAAGAGACCUGUCCUGGUGGAAUGGGCUACACAGUUCUUCCAAAUCCACCUGCCAAUAAGCCAGUGACCGUGAACCAGAAGCCCAUCGAUACACUCACCCCACACCCCUCACCAACACUCGAAAAACCAGUGGUGGUUUUGGGGAAGCUGGAAGAGAUGAUACCAGAGGUUGUUGAGCGGAGUUCCCCACCUGUUCCAGUGGAGAUCUUCCCUUCGAAUGCAGGCCAGGACAUCUCUCCAACCCAGUCUGCCGCAGAGGUGGAUGAAUGCCAGGUCAACCCGUAUAUUUGUGGCCAGGGGGUUUGUUACGACGAAGCUGAAGGCUACACCUGCCACUGCGAUGAGGGGUACCGCCUGAAUGAUGCACUUACUUCCUGUGUCGAUGUAGACGACUGUUUGGAGAGUCCAUGGUUGUGCUCUGGUGGUCUGUGCCAAAACACGGAGGGUAGUUUCCUCUGUGUGUGUCCUCAAGGAUUCCUGGCUGAUGAAGAGGGAACCAGCUGUGUGGAUGUUGAUGAAUGCGCAAACAGGACCGUGUGUCCGUCGGGCAUCUGCAUGAACACACCAGGGGGGUACAACUGUGGCUCCUGCUAUCCUGGGUUCUUGGCCCAGGGAGGCCGGUGUGUAGAUGAAGACGAGUGCCAGGACCAGCGUGUCUGCACGAGGGGACACUGUGUCAACACUGAAGGCUCCUUUGUCUGUCAGUGUGGUCCAGGCUUCACAGUGUCUCCGGCUGGAGACCAGUGUGAUGAUGUGGAUGAGUGUUUAGAGGAAGCCGAGCCCUGCCAUUCAGUUGGGGAGUGUCGGAACAACGUGGGCUCCUACAUUUGCAUCUGCCCGCACGGCUACAGACGCAUCAACGGCCCCGGCUGCAGAGAUGUUGAUGAGUGUGUGGAUGAGCCUGACCUCUGCUCCCCUCAUGGUGAAUGUCUGAACACGGAGGGAUCCUAUCUGUGUGUGUGUGGGCGUGGAUUCACUGCCAAUCUGGACACACCCUCCUGUGAAGACAUCGAUGAAUGUGGACUCAACGAGACGUUAUGCAGUCCUCACGGUUUCUGCGAGAACAGACUGGGUUCGUUUCGGUGCCUCUGUGACCAGGGCUACCAGGAGACCCAAGAUGAGCAAAGCUGUACGGACAUCAAUGAGUGUGAGCUGCUCAGUAGCGUCUGUGGAGAAGCUCAGUGCGUGAACGUUGACGGUUCCUUCCUCUGCGUGUGCCCCAGUGGUCAAGAGUACAAUGUCAUGGUUGCCAGGUGUGAGCCCAUUUCAACAGCUUCGCCGGUAGAGCGCAAGGAGUGCUACUUUCGUCUGAACGAUGAGAACUUGUGCGAGAGUGUGCUCACCAGCCAUGUCACCCUGCAAGAGUGCUGCUGCACACUGGGAGCUGGCUGGGGUGACAACUGUGAGGUUCAUCCUUGUCCUGUCAAUGGCACGGACCAGUUCCAGCAGAUGUGUCCAUCAGGAAAAGGAUUUAUCCCAAGUGGAGAUUUGCUUUAUGAAGUCGCGACAGCUGAAAGCUUCAAAAAUGCCGAUGAGUGCACGCUGUUUGGCCAGGAGGUUUGCAAAGGGGGGUUUUGUCAGGAUACUGUGGGCAGCUAUGAGUGUUACUGCAAGACGGGACAGGACUACGACCCCACCAAACUGGAGUGCAGAGACAUAAAUGAGUGUCUUGAUGAGUCGGUGUGUCUUGGAGGACAGUGUUUGAACACGGAAGGUUCAUACAUUUGUUUCUGUACACAUCCCAUGGUGCUGGACCCCAACAGUAACCGCUGCAUCUUCGUUCCUGAGGCGGCUGAGCAACAUGAAGGAGGGCAGAUUGACUUCCACGGUAUCUGCUGGCAGAAGGUGACAGAAUCCAUGACGUGCACCCAGCCGCUGGGUCCCAACAGGAAGACGACAUUCACCGAGUGCUGCUGUCUCUUUGGGGAGGCGUGGGGCAUGGACUGUGCCUUAUGCCCAACCAAAAGCACCGGUGAUUAUGCGACCAUGUGUAACCUUCCCAUGGGUGGUGGACACCAUCCUUACGGCCGUGAUGCUCUUGUUGCUGGUCCAGUUCAUGAAUAUGAAGUGAGCCCAGACUACUCGCCAUCACCUGAUCAGCAGCCAUUUUAUGAUCAUGAGGAGUAUCCAUACCAGCCGUUUGAGGGUUUGCGAGCAGAAGAGUGCGGGAUACUGAACGGCUGUGAGAAUGGCCGCUGUGUUCGAGUCCAGGAGGGUUACACCUGCGAGUGCUUUGACGGGUACACGCUGGACCUGUCCCGCAUGGCCUGCAUCGACGUCAAUGAGUGUUCCGAACUCAACAAGCGCAUGUCGCUGUGUAAAAAUGCAAAGUGCGUCAACACGGCGGGUUCCUACCGGUGCGAGUGCCUUCCGGGCUUCACUGCCUUGGAAAAACCCAACUACUGCGUGGAGACGGCGGCACGCCAAAGAGCAACGCACACACAGUGAGUGUGGACGGACCUGAGCGGGCAACAAGAGACUCUGAAAGCACACGGCCAAGCUCCUAAAACGAGCCUCCUGACUUCUUAUUUAAUAUUUUCAAAUGAUAUACGGUCUUGUGGGUAUUUUUGACUAAGCUCAAAUGUAUUAUAUUUAGUGGUGGGCAAUUAUUACAAACGUUAGUUGUCAUUUUACGCGUGUUUUUGUGCGGUCAGUCGCGAUUUAUCGCAUUGUUAUGUAAUUAUUCAUUCCACGGGGGCGAUUUUCUCACUCGUGUUUGGAACAAAAACCUGCCAUGUGAACAAAAGUGCAAUAACAUUUGCUUUGCAGCUGCUUCAAACAAAUAAGGUGCUUUUUCACCGCGGCAUUUUCUUUAGUAGGGGUGUCACAAGAUCCCGCGAGAUUAAAACGUCAAAAAAUACUGUCUCUUGGGCACGAGGCCUGGGACAAUAAGAAGUCAAUGAAUCACACCGUCAAUGAAAAGCAACUGGCUAAUUUUGCUGGCCUCCGUGUGUCGCCACGUGCAUGUGUGUUUGUUUUCCUCGUCUCCUACCUCCAAACAGGCGGGUUCACUCUGUGCACCAUUUGUUCCAUAGAACAACAGCAUGAACAGAGUGAGCCAUUUUGUCCCUAAUACGGUCUGAGUGGGUGGAGGCGGGGCAGCUAGCAUACACACUGAGCACAGAAGAGUGUAACAAAGUAGAAAUGAUAUUUGUAGUUUGCAAAAUAUGAUCAUAAUUCUUUUUUCAUUGUACUUUUCUUAGAGGUGACGUUCAAAUCUCACCUCGUUCUCGUGGACCCAAUCUCGUCUCGUGAACUCGAGUGUCUCAUGACACCUUUACUCUUCAGAGUUUCCAAUACGGCCUCAACUUAAAAGCGAAGCUAGCUGACAGUGCCCGGUAGGGGCGGGUGAUGCUGCAACCGUACGGGGCCAGUACCAUCGUCCCUCGCCACGAAUUUCACGGCUUCACUCUUAUCACGUUUUUUCCAAAGUAUAUGAAUGAAUGAUUGAAUGAUGCUGUUUCGUGGUUGACUGUCACCUGUUAUUAGUCCAAAAAUAUGCACGUUACCUUUUUUUGCUGAAAUUAAUCAUUUUCAAGCACAAAAAUGGCUAAAUGACAGAGGCCGGAGACAGUCAGUGUUUUGUCUUGAGUCCUGAGUCGAGCCUCAAGUCAGGACAAGACAGGUCGAGUCGAUGCCGAAGUCAUAGGCUUGAAAUUUUUGAGUCCUCAGGAGUCGAAAGCACCGUUAGGUAGGGUUGUCACAAGAUCCCGUGCCGCAAGAUCUCAUGAGAUUGAAACGUGACAAGAUUUCUCGCUCAGAAAAAAAAUGUCUGGUAGGCACUUGGCCUGGGGCAGAAAUAAAUAAAUCAAUUCAUCACACAAUAAAUGAUGAUGAACUUGAUCAUUUUGCCCGCCUCCAUAUAUCGCCAUGGGCAUGCGUGUCUGUUGAAAUCUUGGUAGAACAAAUGCACGUACUUUGUUUAAAUAAGCGUAUUUAUUGGCGAAUGGUGGGCCGUAUUCAACCACGAAACAGCGUUAUUUAUUCAUGAAUAUAUUUUUGAAAAGCCGUGAUGGAGUGACGUGAAAGCACACGGUGGCGAGGGAUUCCUGCGUAUCUGAAUUACAGCGAAAUGAUUUUCAAGGAUAAUUAAGAACAAAAGCAUUGAGUUUUUAGAUUGAAGCCAAGUUCUUCCCGUGGCUUGCCCGUAAGGAAUUUCCCUAAAUUGCAAUGAAUUUUAUUCCACUUCCUGUCAGCGGGUCACGGGAAAAAAAUAAAGAAAUAAUGUGGUGACCAAAUGUCUGUGAAUGCACCUCACGUUCUUGUCCGCCUGCUGCACGCCACGCGUCUGGGAGACUGUCAAGCUGGUGAAGUGGGAGAGGAAGGACGUCGAGUGGAGACUUAAGGUGCCGUCCGGCCGACACACAGCUGCAGAUAUCUGCUGGAGAAGAGUGCGCCACAAAGAGAAGGCGUCUCAGCGCUGCAGCUCACGCUGUGUUGAAAAUGGCCCCUUGAAAUCUGAGAUAAAUGAGAAGUCUGAGUUGAAAAAUUCCUGCAAUUUGGGUCACCGUUUGUCAUUGAGGGGUGAUGGUUGGUGCCGCCGCAAAACCGGUAGAGAACCGCUGCUCUACCUGACACGUGUGGACUUUUGCAGACACUGACCCAGAAGUACAGUAGAGUUUUAGAGCCCCCUUCCUGAUUGCUUGUCGCACUUAAAUGUUUCAGAUCAUCAAACAAACUGUAAAUAUUAGUCAGUGACAACACAACUCAACACAAAAUGCAGUUUGUUAUUAUCAAAGGAGAAAAAGUGUGAAAAAGUGAUGCCCCCUAAAGCUAAUAAGUGGUUGGGCCCCCCUUAGCAGCAACAACUGCAAUCAAGCGUUUGUGAUAACUUGCAAUGAGUCUCUUCCAGCGCUGGGGAGGAAUUUUACACAAUUGUUGUCAUUCAGCCACAUUGAAGGCUUUUCCUUUUGAAGGUCAUGCCACAGCAUCUCAAUAGGAUUCAGGUCAGGACUUGGACUAGACCACUCCAAAGUCUUCAUCCAUUCAGAGGUGGACUUGCUGGUGUGUUUUGGAUCAUUGUCCUGCUGCAGAACCCAAGUUGCUUUCAGCUUGAGGUCACCAACAUUCUCCUUCAGCACAAUUCAUGCUUCCAUUGAUCACAGCAGGUCUUCCAGGUCCUGAAGACCAUCACACUACCACCACCGUGUUUUACUCUUGCUAUCAUGUUCUUUUUCUGCAAUGCGGCAGUAGUGUCUUAGGGUGUACACACACCAGGCCAGUCGUAUCAUGCCUGAGCCCACCCCCACCUAAAGAUAGCAUGAGCUCGCUGAACCCCGUGCAGGGGCAGCACACUUCCCGUCUUUUGGCACAUUUUAGAAAAAAACCAUCAGAAAGAUGUUGUAUGUUUUCCAUCGGGUGUGUGGUGUAUCCUCCGUCAUUCUACUUUAAAUGGCUUCUUAUGGGUUAGGAUUAGCAAAUUGGUCCAGCAUAGAAAGUGCUUGGUAAGAAAAAUAAGCACUUUCCGCUUUCAUGUCAGACAAAUCUUGUUUAGAUUUCCACUUUUUGUGCUGAGCUCCUGAAAAUGGAGGCACUGUCUGUGAUUCCCAAACGGUAAAUGACAUACUUUCGUGAAACCUCUUCAAUUAAAUUCAA